CAAGACACUGUCUGAUUUUGCUUUCAACUAUAAAUGCUCGUACUCCACGCCCCCUCAGCGCAUAACACGAUCGCAGACAAACGCACUGACGCCCCUAACGCCGUUAACACCUUCGCCGACUAAGAAUCUCGGCCGUCAAUCCAACAAACGCUUCAUCAUCAACGAUUCUGACUGUGAUUCACCGACCGCUAAGCGUGCAAAAGUCAAUCCAUCUCUACCUGCUUAUAGCACAAGAACGCUUCCUUGUCCGCCUUUCGUGGUGUCUCAAGACUAUCCACUGUUCUAUCGUCGAUUCCCUGCCAGCUCGUACUUUCAAGAUGUGUUUAUUUUCUCCAACCCAGGCGGUGAAUACAAUCCCCCUCGAAGUGCACUGGAUCUUUAUAGUCCUCGAUUCGUCAAGGGUCGCGGCGCAAGCAAGGUGGGGCUUUGCCCGAUUUGCGUGGAGCGCCGCGAACGUGGUGGGGAAGGAAAGAAAGUAUGGCUGCCCAUGAAAGUCUCCGCCUUCAACUAUCAUAUGCAGUACUAUCACGGCAUCUCAGCAGCAACGGGAAGACCCCUUUCUCCGCCAACGAAUUUUCGUCUUGUCGGCCGUCCGAAUCACAAAAAGGGCGAACGUUCAUCCAUACAGGAAGCAAAGUGUCAUAAAUGCAACAAAUGGAUCGUUGUACAAACAAUAAAGGAUAUACCAGUCAAGGUUCCUGAACUAUUUUGGUGGAAACAUGCUGUUGGAUGUCACAAUGGCAGUGCUCUCCCAGGCGAAAAGGAUUAUUUUGAGAACGAUGCUGUUUAUCGCGUGCUCGUUGAUGCAGAUACUGGCCAUGCCGUUUGAGCAACUCGAUC